GGGGUGUGACGGUCGGCUGCACAUCUCCUGUACAUCCUUGGCGCCCCCACCACCUUCUUGGUUCGUCCCACCUGUAUGACUUUCUCUUUUUGGUGCAUGUCGGCUGUAGAUCUCUUUUCUAUCUUCUACAUGGCAUUGCUCCGCGCCAGUGGCCGCUGAGUGCUCCCUGAUGGCCGCUGAGUGCUCCCUGAUGCUUGAUGCGCGUCCCCGAGUGAUUCCACACUCUUCAGCGGUUUCUCCACCACACUGUACAGUCCAGGCGACAAGAGACAGGAGACAGGAAGCACAGUAAGAUACAUCCUGAGACGGAAGACAAAUAUGCUCUCUCUCUAUAUCUCUGUUUGUGUGCGGAUGGCAUACACCAGACCGAAGAAAGAGAGCCGUUGGCGGAUUUUUGCACUAUUUCAACCCGUUUUUAAACAAAGUAGGUAUGUAUCUCCCCUUCAGCAUAGUAUAGUACGAGUAUGAGUACAGUAUAGUAUAGGCAUUAUGCGUACAAGGCACAACACCUCGUUUCUCAUUUAGUAUGAGGUGUGUCGUGCCGCAGCUCCUCUUCAUCGUAUGGGUGUGUACCGCCCAGGAGCCAGGUCAGUGAGACAGAAGCAAGGAACAGCGGGCCUGGUCGAAAGCCUUGUUUUGCUCCUUCGUAGGAUGCCUCCUCGAGGAGAACGUAGAUUACGCAGCGGGUGCAGACAUCGAGGCGGCUAGUAGUGGAUUCCCUUCUCAUCUGCGCUGUGCCGACUGGUGCGCAGUCACGGAACGCUGCGAAUACUGGGUUCACGUGGGUUUCGGAGACGACGGGAUGUGCUUUCUCAAGACUGCCCGAGAGCCAGUGAUGCCCAGGGCAGCAAACCCUGACGAAGGCUUACAGGUGACGGCUGGCAACAAAGCAUGCGGAGAUCCUUCCAGCAUGGUCGCGAAAGGUUCGUAUGCUUGCACAAGAUUGGGGGGCUGCCUUGUGAUUGGUCGCUCGUAACCACUGCAAAUGCUUUUUGUUUGAUUCUCUGCAGGUUGUAUUUUGGAGGAAAACGUUGACCGUGCCACAGAUUCGGAUACGGACCUUAGGGCGGCAAUUAGUGGCUUUCCUGAAUAUCUCAGUUGCGCCGACUGGUGCGCUGGCACAGAGGGCUGCGAAUACUGGGUUCACUUGGGUACUGGAGACGAUGGUUCGUGCUGGCUCAAGACAGCCAGAGACCCUGCUGUUCAUCCUGCGCCGGAUGAGGACGGCAGGAAGUUCACGGCUGGCAGCAAAGCAUGCGGAGACCCGGAAAAUAUGUUGAGAAUAAAUGGUCAAGGUAUGCCUAACAGGUCAGAGAAAGCGUGUGAUUGGUAUGUCUUAAUCGCUACAGAUGACAGCUCCGGCUCGGAUGAAAGUGCUGGGUGUUUCUCUUCGAAGACAGCAUCCAAUGCGCCAGUAGUUUACCAUCGGCAGUGGGUGAUAGGCAACGACGUACAUCUGUAUUGGAUCUUCGCUUUUGUUUUUAGUUGUGACGCGGUUCAAAAGGGAUAUCAAACUGCAAAUUGGUGCCAGGUCCAGUGUAUGGGCAAUCCCGACUGCAACGCUUUUGUCUACCAGCUAAAGAAGGGGCACUACAAACAUACCGGUAGGUUCACGCCGCAUACGGGACAGCCACCUGAAAACGUACCUCGUCCCCUGUGCAGACCCUAACAGCGUGAACCAGGUCGACUGCUUCCUUCUUGCCGACAAGGGCGACACAUUCACUCCGGGGAAGAAGGAAAGGAACAAGGACCUGGAGUUCACAUUCGGCCCCAAAUACUGUCCGGGAGAGGGUAAGCAUCUAGGGCCUGACAAUCGCCAAUUAGACCGUGGAUGGAAAACUAUUUCUGGGUCGUCUCGUCCAUCAGAGCCCCCUUGGGACAAGCCUAUUGAAGAGUGGCCUCUGCGGAUCAAUGCCGGCGGCCCGCCCCACGAAGAUGUGUACGACAAGGAAGUGGCGACAGGACAAAUACUUCACGGAGCAAGCCGGCCCUACGGGUCUCUAUUAUGA